AAAGAUUCCAAGCUUGAGCUCUGAUUGAGAAAUAAGCGGAGCAGCACAGCCUGCGCACGAUUUUACGGAGUUUACGCAGAAAAUAAUAUCAGUUUUCGCUCUGUUGGGAUAGUUUUCAGUUUCCAAGUUGGACGAGUGGGUGUUAAAACUUGUUUCCCCCCGCCUGUAUUUCAGAAGGAGUUGACUUUAUCGUAGUUUACAGUGCUGUGUCUAAAGGUUAGUCAGGGUUAGUCCUGCGCAGGAAAACCGUUGGAUUUCUACCUGCACUCAACUCGACUGUACCGCCACACUCACCGAGGAGUUUGGAUUAAAACGGGACUAAAACUUUUGCUUCUGCUCCGGUGUCACGACUCCGAAGACUCCUGCUUGCCUUUUCGGUAUGCCUGCGGCACUCACUCCAGACAGGUAACCGGGUGUGUCGCUGUUGCCAUGGCAACACGGAUACUGCCAGUGUUGCCUCUCCUCCUUGCUGCCUUCCUGGUCUCCUUGACGACAGCGGAAGACCACGAGUGGCAUUUUGACACGGCUAAGUGUCGCUAUGCUCUGGGGAUGGAGGACGGAACGAUCCCGGAUUCUGACAUCACAUCAUCCAGCGCCUGGUCAGACUCCACUGAGGCCAAACACGGCAGGUUGAGUACAGGUGCGGGCGAUGGUGCGUGGUGUCCGGCGGGCUCUGUCUUCCCCAGCGGUUCCGAGUACCUGCAGGUGGACCUGCACACGCUGCACUUCCUGUCUCUGGUGGGCACGCAGGGUCGCCAUGCCGACGGGCACGGCCGCGAGUUUGCGCGGAGCUACAGGCUCCGUUACUCUCGCGACGGCCGGCGCUGGAUCACCUGGAAGGACCGCUGGGGUCAGGAGGUGAUCUCGGGGAACGAAAACACAUAUGACGUGGUUCUGAAGGACCUGGGUCCCCCCAUUAUCGCCCGCAUGGUCCGCUUCUACCCUCUGGCAGACCGUGUGAUGAGUGUGUGUCUGAGGGUGGAGCUGUACGGCUGUGUGUGGAACGAUGGACUGAAGGCCUACACUGCACCCAUGGGUCAUGUGAUGCACCUGUCAGGCUCCCCUGUUUACCUCAACGACUCUAUCUAUGAUGGCAGCAUCGAAUCAGGGGUGCUGUUUGGCGGUCUGGGUCAGCUGUGUGACGGAGUGCUGGGUGGGGAUGAUUUUGUGAAGAGUAAGGAGCUGAGGGUGUGGCCUGGAUACGAUUACGUGGGCUGGAGCCGUGAAGCGCUGGGCCAGCCUACUGUCGACAUUGAGUUCCACUUUGAGAAAACACGAAUCUUUCACACCAUGCAGGUCCACAGUAACAACAGACACACUCAGGGGGUUCGCGUGUUCUCAGAGGUGGUGUGCGAGUUCAAGGCAAGUCUGCUGAGCAAGUGGAUGGAGCCUGCGCUGAGGCUACCCGUUCCUCUGGAGGACCUGAAGGACCCCUCAUCCCGCUCCGUCGCCCUGCCGCUGGGGGGCCGCCCCGCACAGAUCCUCCGCUGCCGUUUCGCCUUCGCAGACCGCUGGCUGCUCAUCAGUGAAAUCAGCUUCUACUCCGAGCCGUAUGAGAGUGGUUCACCGUUUCCCUCCGUAGAAGCCCACCCUCCUCCCUCCUCCACCCCUCGCUCUCGUUUCUUCACCUCCUCCCCUCCAGCAUCCUCCUUCUCUCCCAGCUCCAACAGCUCCACCGGCCGAAGCACCGGUGACGAGUUUGCUGCCGGCACUCCGAGGGCAGGGCUACCCGUAGCUAAGGACGACAGCAGCAACACUGCCAUCCUGAUUGGCUGCCUGGUGGGCAUAAUCUUGCUGCUGUUGGCGGUCAUUGUUGUCAUUCUGUGGAGGCAGUACUGGAAGAAGCUUCUUAGCAAGGCUCAGGGCAGCCUCUCCAGUGACGAGCUGCGGGUUCACCUCUCGGUUCCCUCAGACAAUGUGGUGAUCAACAACACCAACACGCACACCUACUCCAGCCGCUACCAGCGCAUUCACACCUUCCCCGACGACAGAGACAGGGAUGCAGAGUACCAGGAGCCCAGUACCGUGCUGCGCCCGCGAGAGCAGCGCGACAGCACCGCCUUGCUGUUAAACAACCCAGCCUAUCACCUUCUCCUGUCUGACCUGAGGCAUGGCCCCAACAGGCUGACAAACUGCUCCAGAGAGCCAGAAAAGCCUCAAAAUCUGCCCCAGGCGUGUGGCAUAGACAUGGACGAUAAAGCCCUGCCUGUGCAGGAAGGACCGCCCCCGUACCCCGGAGCCCCGCCUCCUUUAUUGUCAGGAGCUCAUUAUGCGGAAGCCUCAGGGGGCGGGCCCAGUGUGCCUCAUUAUGCGGAAGCUGACAUCAUCAGCCUGCAGGGUGUGAGCGGUAACAACACAUAUGCAGUCCCCGCCCUCUCGGCCACGCCCGCAGACUGCGCGCCCCUUCCGGAGUUGCCACGGGAACGGCUCAUUUUCAAAGAGAAGCUCGGAGAGGGCCAGUUCGGAGAGGUUCAUCUGUGCGAGAUUGAAAACCCUCAGGACCUGCCAACCCUGGAGUUUCCCUUUAAUGUGAGGAAAGGUCGCCCCCUGCUGGUGGCUGUGAAGAUACUGCGGCCCGACGCUUCUAAAAAUGCCAGGAAUGAUUUCCUGAAGGAGGUGAAGAUUCUGUCCCGUCUGAAAGAUCCCAACAUAAUCCGCCUGCUCGGAGUGUGCGUGAGCAGUGACCCGCUGUGUAUGGUGACCGAAUACAUGGAGAGCGGAGACCUCAACCAGUAUCUCUCCCAGAGAGUGCUGCUGGACAAGACUGGACCACUGCACAACACGCCAACCAUCAGUUACCCCGCCCUGAUCUCCAUGGCGAGUCAGAUCGCAUCUGGGAUGAAGUUUCUGUCCUCUCUGAACUUCGUCCACCGUGACCUGGCCACGCGGAACUGUCUGGUGGGGGGAGAGCUGGGGGAUGAUGAGGACAGGAUGGGCGAGAGGCACAUUAAAAUCGCAGACUUCGGUAUGAGCCGGAACCUGUACGCCGGAGAUUAUUACCGCAUUCAGGGCAGAGCCGUGCUGCCCAUUCGCUGGAUGGCCUGGGAGUGCAUCCUCAUGGGGAAGUUCACCACAGCCAGUGACGUGUGGGCGUUUGGGGUGACUCUGUGGGAGAUGCUGAGUGUGUGUCAGGAGCAGCCCUACAGUCACAUGACAGAUGAGCAGGUCAUUGAUAACGCAGGAGAGUUCUUCAGAGACCACGGACGACAGGUGUAUCUGGCUCGGCCGGCCGUGUGCCCACAGGGUCUGUAUGAGCUGAUGCUGAGCUGCUGGAACAGAGACUGUAAACUCCGCCCCUCUUUCGCACACAUUCACUCCUUCCUGACGGAGGACGCCAUGAACAUGGUGUAGAGAGACGACUCCUGCCGGUCCGUCGCUGCGUCUGACUGAGCAGAGGCUCUGAGUGUGUGAGUGAGCGUGUGUGAGAGAGCGAGUGAGUGUGUGUAGAUCGCACAAGCUGGUGGAGGUGUAGCUGGUGUAGAAGUAGGCGGAGCUAAGCACUCUUAUGUACACUAGUGUACUUUGUGAUUGGCGGGUCAGAGUUGAGAGACACUGCUGGUCAGUGCUCCGGCUGGACGUGCCAUAGAGCUAAAACCCCAAACUAGUCCUAAACCCUAAAUGUUAAGGCCUUCACACACUGAACUCAGUAGAGUGAUUUGUGCAAAUGUCAGUUUUCUCGAGUACUUGAUCGUUUUGUUGGUAUCCGUUUCUCUGUUCAGUAUUCAGAAGCUGCCUUUUUUAAAGCCACAGAAACUGUAGCCUAAACUACAAACACAUUUCUUCAGCAAAGGCCUGUAGACAGAUGUGUGCAAAAGUUUUGGCAUACAGGUUAAACAAAAAAAUCUACUUAAUUAAAUGCUUAAGAUGUAAACAAAGUCAUUCAGAGUGGUUUGGUGUGA